AGAGUUUAAUUCAACAGAAAAAUUGUGUGUGAAGUUCUUUAUUGGUGAAAACGAUGUGUUCGGAGUCUUUGCCGAAGGAGUUUGAAAAGACUACCGAGGUCUUGCCGUUUCCGAAAUAUGGUUUAUCAUCGGUUGAAGAGUUCCGGAAAGCUGAGGAGGAGGUGCACCACCACGAAUGGCUGAAGAAAGCUGGGCUUACUAGCGAGGAAAUAAAGCUGUAUCAGGAGAAUGAGGCGGGGCUCCUGGAUCAGCGUAAGAAGAUCGAGUCCGGAGCGCUGAAGGAUAAACUCGAAGACAUAUACAAUAAAAUCAAUAACGCACACAAUCAAAAUAAAAGUCAUACAGUAACAUCACAAACUGAACAGCCAAGUACAUCAUCUGCUCCUGAAAACCUGAUCGAAAGACUUCAACAGAAGCCUAUUACUUUCUAUCCUGAGGGGCACCCGAUGAACGAGCUGAAACAGCUAGAGGGAAACCUCUUCGGACAAAUGAAGAAUGACAUGAUGCCACUGACUAAGAGACGCAAGCUUCUGCGCCGCUUACAGAGGAAGAAAGAAAGACUGCAGCAUGAUAAUCCAUUCAACAUUGCUGCGAUACCGAGCACAUCAAGAGUAGAUAGACCAGGAAGUCUUUGGGACAUGAGGGAGAUGCCUCGCUUAAUUCCUCACACUAUCACUAGCAAAGAUCAAGAGGCUAAUGCAAUGGGUCCGCAUUUCCGAGCAAUGUAUACCGUACGGAACAACAAGAUUCUGAGGCUGGAGCCUGUACAGCGAGAACAGGACGAACAUAGGGCUCUGGAUCUUGUGAUGCAGAAUAAUGAUGCUGAAACGAACCUCUUGGAAGGGACUAAGAUGCCAACGGAUGAUAUCAGGAAGAUUGAUCGAUUCAAGGACUGGACUCCUGGUACUCCUUCCAAGGUGCUGUUUCUAAAGAACAUAGCUCCAACAGUGAGCCUUGAGCAGCUGUCGUUACUUUUCAACCAGUUUCUGUUGGCUAACGGUGGCCCCGUGGAUGUGAGGCUGAUGACUGGACGCAUGCGAGGCCAGGCUUUUGUGUCUUUCCAAUCGGAAGAUAUAGCAAUCCAGGCCUUAGAUGAGGUGCAUGGAACCAUUCUGAGCGGCAGGCCAGUGAUCGCUGAAUUCGGGAGGAACACCAACAGCAUCCAGGACGAUUUCAGAUAAACUAAUCAUUUAAUUAAAAAAAUAACCACCCAGGGCUAUACAACCUCUAGCGUAUGAACACGAAUUUCUUAGAAGUCUGUUCACUGAUUCGUCCCUACAUAAUCUGUGAGCGAAAAAAAAAAGUUUUGGCGCGCUUUUUUAGAAGACGUCAGUUUUAAAGGUAUGAAACUAUGGUUUCUGUAUUCCCUUUUUGGAAUUAAUGGCGUGAUUGGUUGGGUAUUGCAACACUUUUAUUGUUGCUUGUUGAAUGGUGUUAUCAUGGGAUAUAAAGAUGAAUUAAAGAGUGCUCUCUUGUGAAUGAAAUGGUCGUUUAAUGUUAAGUCAGCGGCGCCACUAUCGCUAAUGGCAAAAAAGCGCGUUUAACACAGAAUUAUUUCAUCCCACGCACAUUGUGCUGAUUUCUCAUGCGAAUGUAGUUUUAAAAUUACAAGUUGUUAGAAAAUUAAGACUAGCUUUUAUCCACAGCUUUACUCAUGUAGCCGAUAUCCUUCUCUGUACUCCCACCUGCGUGUAUGCGAAUUUUUUAAGAUUUUUACGUAGAUAAAACUUAAAGAGGCAAUCAAUAAACUUUCCUUUGCACUUAUCAUAUCAAUAGGGUAGUAUCG